AUGUCCUCGCUUUCCGAGCCUCGGCGGCCGCGUCUGUUGCCGCAGAACCGCAAGCUGCGUCACCUCAAGGGCCUCUCGCUGCGCAACCUCUCGUUCGCGCCCAUGCAGCUGCGGACGGCCGACGAUGCCGCCCUCAGCCUCGCCCGCAGCAGCCCCGGCAAGCUGGGCGCGCUGAGGCAGUCCGGGCAGCUCCACGGCUCGCGAUCCUCGGACAACCUGCGCCAGGACGCCGCCGACAGCGCCAGAUCGCAGAUGCCGCGCAGGACCAGCCUCAGCACCCUCAGCACCAGCCCGGCGCAGCGGCAGCGGCGCCUCAAGCAGCUCCUGGACGAGACCCUGGGAGACGUCUUCUUCUCCCUCCACGUCGCCGGCAUCGACGAGCCCGUCUACGUCAGCGAAGUGCGCGAGAGAUCGGCGAACUUCAACUUCCAAUUCUUCGACCUCGCGGCCCGGGGGAGCUCCGUCUCUCGAGCGUGCCGCAUCGUCAUUCGAGUGUGGGCCAGGCAGCUGAAGCAGGCCACAUGGACCUUUCUGCUGGAGGAGCUGGUUGAUCUCAGGGAGCUCAGGUUCAUCGGCACGCUGCUGGACCGCCGAUACCCCCCGAAUGCGCUCAUCUUCCACCUCGAGGAUGGCGUCUACUCUUUCGACUUUCCGACACGAGAGUCCGCGCCGCGAAACGCCGCUCCCGUUGCGACGUCCUCCUACAAUGCGCUCAUGAAGCUGGCCAACCUCGAGAGCUCCAUUGAGGACGCCAUCCAGACGCAGCACCGGAUCACGGAGCAGAUCAACGACAUUCUUGCCAGCCGUACAACCGAUGCGCCGGACCUGGCCGAGCAGGAGGCUGCUUUAGCCCAGAAGUACGUUGCCAUGCAGCAGCGCACAAACCGGCUUGCACAGGCGAGGAGGGACCAACUGCAGGAGUCGCUGCGCGAGCGCAGUGCUGCCAUUGCCAGGGGCAGAGAGCUCCAGGACAAGGUGGACGAAGACAUCAGGAACAACCGCGAAACGCUCGCAGCCUCCAAGCAGCUGCUGGAGCAGACGCAGCAGCAGAUCCGCGGUCAGCGGCGCCGCAUCUGCUCCGAGCUGGCCGACAUCUUCCCCAUCACGCCCAUACCCAAUGCGCCGCCGCUUUCCUUCCAGAUCUGCAACGUGCCGCUUCCAAACUCGACGUACGACGCCGCCACCGCCAAGACCAUCAACGAAGACGUCCUCUCAGCCGGGCUGGGGCUCGUCGCGCUACUCACGCGCCACCUGCAGUUCUAUCUGUCACAUGCGCUGCCUUAUCCCCUAUAUCACUUUGGCUCUCGCUCCUAUGCAAAAGACGAAAUCUCGCUGCUCUCGGACAAGGGCGGUUCGCGCCGAGAGUUUCCCCUGUAUCUGCCCAGGGGGGGAUCCACCGCCCUACAGUGGCGCUUCGAAUACGCCUGGUUCCUCCUCAACAAGGACAUUGAAUCCCUCUGCGCCUCCCAGGGCCUCAAGGUCGUCGACAUUCGACAUACGCUCCCGAACCUCAAGUAUCUCCUCUACGUCUGCAGCGCCGGCACGGAAGAGGUUCCGGCGCGGAAAAGGGGCGGCGUCAGGGGCCUGUGGGCCAGCAGGCUGAAAGGAAGGACCUCGGGCGUGCCGUCGCUGGUGGAUGGCGAGAGCAGCAGCGCUGCGGUCAGCAGGCGUGGGAGCGCGGAUAGUGAGCUGGCCGGCCAACACGCUGAUGUGCUGAGGAAUGCCCUUGCCCAGAAUAACAGCACUGCGCAUGGCAGCCUCAACGGCAACGGCAAUGGGGAUGUCAGUCAUGGCUCAGGGGGGGUGGUGGCGGCGGCGGCUGAUGGGGCUUGGAGUCCGGACGGAGACUUGGGCUUGCCGUUUGGUGUUGGCGAUGCAAAGUUUACGCUGAGGACAAAGGGCCUCAGGGAGAAUAUUGCUGGGUGA